AUAGCAAGCGAGCGGUGACUGUACUGGGGGCCCACGCAUGCGCAGUCGGAGCCCCGGAGCCGCAGGAGAUCAUAGCUGCGCUCCGGAGUAAGGGACAGGGACGCCAUUAUGAGUGCCAAAGUGAACAUGGAGGCUCCACCCAAAGAACCUGAUCGCACCCCAUUGGACCCGUCCUCGUCCCCCUUGUCCCCCAGCGAGGCCGUCCUCAUCUGUGGGAGUGAUGGUGUGGACAAGAAGGCUCGGCCCCAACCCCAAACGCACACCACCACGGCUUUCCUCCUACCAGCGCCUGCUGCCGGCCAUCAGAAGCUGGUGGUGACUCCAGCUGUUGCCGUGGGAGACCCAGGUAAAGGAGGCCGGGCCAAUGAGACGACCACCCUGACAGCACAGGUGGGCGGGGCUUGUAGCAUCGUCCACGUCCUUGAGUGGAAGGAGGGGAUGGCCAUCCUGCCCAGCAGCAACCUCAAGUUCUGUGUGAGUGACGUAGGAACGCUGAGCACGCUGAUCACCCCGGUGGCGACCAGCAGCACCACUGAACCAGAGGCCGGGACUUCUGGGAGAUCCGCUGACGCAGAAAUUGCUCCAGCAGAAAAGCCAGAUGUGUCGGCUCCUGUCGGCUCUGUGAGAGGUGCAGCCGUGGAGCCGGAGAGGUUUGUGCCGGUUGUCAAACAUGAAGUCCAGGUUGGACCGGGACAACAGAACUAUGAUCCCAGAGCUCAGAGGAGCUACGCAGAGGAGCUACGCAGAGAGCCCUUCACUGACAAGAGGAGUGUCGGGGUAGAGAAGGUGCCUGCAGGCAUGAGGAUCUCCUCCCUUAACCCCGAUCACCUGAAACCCAUGAGGAAGAGGAAGAGGAAGGAAUACCUGAGUCCCUCUGAGGAAGACUCUGACAUCGAAGGCACGGAUGAGAAAUUGGAUGAUUCUAAAGCAGACAGCCGGCUCAUCAGAGGAGCUGGAGACAGUAAGACAGAGCAGUGGACGUGGGCUCAGUAUCUGGAGGAAAGCAAAGCUGUAGCUGCGCCCAACAACCUUUUCCAAGAGACACAGAGAGUGCCAACAGUGAAGAACGGCUUCAAGCAGGGGAUGAAGCUGGAAGGCAUCGACCCGCAGCAUCCGUCCAUGUACUUCGUUCUCACUGUUGCCGAGGUCUGUGGUUACCGGCUGCGGCUUCACUUUGACGGCUACUCCGACUGCCACGACUUCUGGGUGAAUGCCAACUCCCCCGACGUCCACCCUACAGGCUGGUGUGAGAGCACGGCACACAAACUGCACACUCCCAAAGGCUGUAAAGAGGAAGAGUUCACCUGGACCAACUACCUGAGAAUGACUAAAGCACAAGUGGCGUCCAAAGAGCUGUUUGCCAGUCCUGGGAGGAUUGAUGUGAAGAGCAGUUUCUCGAUAGGAAUGAAGCUGGAGGCCGUCGACCGUAUGAACCCUUCCCUCAUCUGUGUAGCAACCGUCACUGACGUGGUGGACGACCGCUUCCUGGUUCACUUUGACAACUGGGAUGACACGUACGACUACUGGUGUGAUUCCAGCAGUCCGUACAUUCACCCUAUUGGUUGGUGCCAGGAGAGGGACCUCCCCCUAACACCACCCCAAGAUUACCCAGACCAGGCCCGGUUCUUCUGGUCUCAGUACCUGGAGGAGACCGGUUCCAAGGCGGUGGCUGCCGACGCCUUCAAAGUGCGUGCGGCACACAGCUUCCUGUCUCAGAUGAAACUGGAGGCCGUUGACAAGAGGAGUCCUGGUCUGAUCAGAGUGGCUACAGUGGAGGAAGUCGAGACUCAUCGCAUUAAGGUCCAUUAUGACGGCUGGAGUCAUGUCUAUGAUGAGUGGAUGGACUCAGAUCACCCCGACAUCCACCCAGCAGGCUGGUGUGAGGCCACCAAUCACCCGCUCAAAGUUCCUCCCCGGGACGCCAAACCACAGCAGUCGCAUGGUAGCAGCCAGCACUUCAGUCAAAACUGUAUGAGGGAUCUCCCUGCUGUUACCGGCCAGCCCACCUACCCCUCCUCUGUUCCCUGUAAACCCAUCAGCCACCCCAGAGCCAACAAGUACAGCUUCCACAACAGGUCAGCUGAACUCAACUCUAUCAUCAGGAAGUGUCCGACUCCCGGUUGUGAUGGAUCAGGCCAUGUGACGGGUCGUUUCACGGCCCAUCACUGCAUAUCCGGCUGCCCAUUGGCUGAGCGUAACCAGGGCAGGCUGAAGGCCGAGCUGUCAGACUCAGAGUGCAAGAGGACCCUCUUUCUUGGCCAGAGGACCAAGAAGACCCAUUACCGUGGCAGGAUUGGCCGUCCUCCCAAAUACAGGAAGAACCAGCAGAGAGACUACCAGAACUUGUCCUCAGAGGGCGUGUAUCCGUCUCUGUUCAUGUCGGCUCUGAGCAGUCAGUCAGACAGGACUCUGUCUCUGUGCUGGGAGCAGCACUGUAAGCUGCUGCCCGGCGUUCAGGGCAUUCACGCCAGCCAGGUGGCGGCAUGGAACGUGGAAGAGGUCUUCAUGUUUGUCCAGAAUCUAAUCGGCUGUGAAGAACAGGCUCGUCUCUUCAAAGAAGAGAUGAUUGACGGGGAGGCCUUCCUGCUGCUGACCCAGACCGACAUUGUGAAGAUCAUGAGCAUCAAGCUAGGCCCCGCCCUCAAGAUCUCCAACGCCAUCCUCAUGUUCAAGAGCACAGACGAGGUACUCAAGUGAUCCCGCCCUCACCUGACCCGGGCCACCGAUCAUCAUGUGCCAAAUUCAUUCUGUUACAGGGACAAACACCCUGACCCCUUUUUAAUGUGUUUGGUGUCCUGUACCCAUCAGAGAGAGGGAGGGGGGGGAGGUGCGAUCAGGGUUAAGGGGGAAAUAAAGGAGAGGUUGGAAGAAGAAAAGAAAUAAGGAAAUACAGAUAUUUUUUGGGAGUAACUUCAUGAAGAUGAACGUUUUUAGUUUGAUGGUUUUCACAACAUUACCUCAGUGGCAGUGUUUCACAGAUCUACCAGUCAAUGGUAUGUUUGGCUCGUAAGUACAUUUCCAACCACCUGUUUUAAAUGCUGAGGGUUAAUGUGUGCAUUAAAAACCAGAGUGGAAAUAGUAAUAAACAAAAAACUCAUUUCUCUAAAGGUUUCAGCUGAGGUGUGUAAGGCCUUGUAUCAAUACAGAGAAGCUCAAGGCUGAUGGAAACAGACUCUUUAAAUAUCUGUUGCCUUCUGGCAUCCUGCUGCCGCUCAGCCUUACAGGACACACUCGGACUAUUUAUACUUUCACUUCCUGAAUGAUGCAAGCCUUAACACAGGCAGUGUUGGGAAGUUACUUUUGAAGUGUAAUAGGUUACAGAUUACUAGUUAGGCUGUUAAAAAUGUAAUAAGUAGUGUAAAUAUUGUAAUUUAUUACAUUUGAUUAGUUUUUGAUUACUUUUCUACCAAACGCUUUAAACUCAGCAAUAAAGCUGAAAAGUUUUAAAAACAUGAAGUAAAACCUCACAACAGUACUCUGUUACUCUAUUACUAUCAAACUUGUAUCACAAGUUCUUCUAUAUAACUUGAAUUAGGAUUGUAUAAGAGCAACAUGCAGGAUGAAUGUUGUAUUCUACAUCUAAGCUUUUUACUGAAAAUACUAUAUUCAGAUGUAACCCCUUUGUAAUCACCAACAUUUUGAUGAGUUUUGAUUUCUCAGUAACUGUAACUGAUCACAAUUAAAUGUAUUCUGUAAGUUAAUUAAGCCCGUUACAUGGAAGGAGUUGCUCCCCAACACUGUCAGCUGAUGCUCACAGUAUCACCUGGCAGAGGUGGACUCAAGAGACUUUUUGGAAAUACAUUUUUUUUUACACAUUACAAAAUGUUUAAGAGCAUCAUCAGCUCCUCUGACAUGGCAGGUGAAAUCAACAACAAGGGGGGAGGGGGGGGGGGGGUAAAUGCAGUAGACGAGGCUGGUCAGUGAGGCUCCUACAAGCCUCACGUUAUGUGCAAUAAAAAAGUCGAGACAGAAGUACUGUAUUAGGUAACGCUUAAUAUUACAGCUCCUUUAAGUUAUCAGACUAUUCUGUAACAGAAUACAAUUUAAUAAAUAAGCUGCUUUGUUCAGGACUGUUUGGAAAAGUUUAGGCUUGUGGCAGAUGAGCAACUUAAGUUUCCCGCUCAUCCUCAAGUAUUAGUCGUUUGUGUUUAAAUUCUCCACACUGUACUUUCUCACUGCUCCCUUAAUGUGAAAACAGUGAUACAGAAGCUGUAAUUUAAAAUGUCGCCCUCUUAUACAGUAUCUGAGUCCGAAAACAGAAAAAACACAGUGUUUUUAUCUAUAUGCAAAAGAUCGUACGCUUUUUUUUUGCAAUUCUGAAUAGAUGAAAAGGACACUUUGCAUUGGCGUUUUAGCACAACUGUGAAACCCAAAUGGAUUUUACACAAUGAUGUUCCCACACUUGGUCACUAGAGAGUGCAAGAAAUCCACAUUUUAGCACUAUAAACAUGGAUUUGGUAUCUAGUCCAUGGAGCUCUCUGCAGUUUACAUGUGAUGGAAACGACAACACUGGAAAUGUUUACAUUAUAUGUCAGAAUUGGUUUUAAAAAAACACUGUAUGGAUUUGAUAUUGUGAGAUGAGAGUUAUUUUACUGGAGUGUUUUAAGGGCUCUUGGAAUCUUACUUCUUUGUGUGUCUCUCUGGUGGGAUUUGUGUGUGCGUAUGCGUGUGUGUGUGUGUGUGUGUGCGCGUGUGCGUGUGUGCGUGUCAAGAUAAUCUUGGGUCACAAAUGUCAUUCAAUCCAUAUGAAUUAAUAAACAUCCAAAUCUGUCUUGU